AAAAGUUCACCUGGUACACAACUUUUUCUUAAAGCUCGCUAGAUCAUUUGCUUCGGCUAGCAUAACUUGGAACAAAUUCAAACAGUUAUGUUUGAGUCGGGGAUCUUCUGCUUUGCAACAGCAUUGGCUUUGCUGGUCUCUAUAGCAACUGCUGAUGUAGACGAAUAUCAAUGCCACGAUCUCUACGAAUACGAUGCAUCCGUGAAAGGAACUAUGUCAAGUCCUUUCUAUGGCAAGAGGCAGUAUCAUAAUGGAUUAUGGUGUGAAUAUAGAAUAAGAUCACCAGAAGGCACCCGAAUCAAAAUAACUUUCAAAGAUUUUGAUUUGGAGCCUCCAGACCAGCUCUAUGUCUAUGGUAAGGAUAAGCAAUCAGUCAUAGGUUCUUUCAGUGGUUUCGAAAACCCCAGACCCAUCCUUUCCAACGAAGGAGAGAACGAGAUUCGCUUUCUCCUUCUAACGGAUUUCAUGGCUGCCGGAAGAGGAUUCCUUCUAGAAUACGAAUCUGGCCCCAAUAUGCAAAUCUGCGAGCCUGGAUACCAUGAAUGUGCUAACCGACGUUGUUACAAGCCUGAGCAGAAAUGUAAUGGAGUGGAUGAAUGCGGAGAUGGCACUGACGAGGAGAACUGCAAUAUCCCUGUAAUAAUUCAACCUGAAGAAUGUGGUCUUCAGGCUAUCAAACCAAAUACCAUUUAUGAUUCUCCUGAUCGAAUGGUGGGCGGAGAACCAGCUGUCCCCAACAGCUGGCCUUGGCAAGUGUCUCUUCAAACCAAAGGCAGCGAGCCCAAUGGACAUUUCUGUGGAGGUUCACUCAUUAAUAAUCAAUGGGUCCUUACUGCCACACAUUGUGUUGUUGGGUUGCCUAACCCUGGAGAGAUCAAGAUUGUUUUGGGAGCUCACGGCAAGUACACAAAAACAUCCUACCAGCAGGAUCGAUACAGUGCCAAAGUGAUCUCUUACCCUGACCUUGAAGGAGAUGAUAUCAGAAGAUUCGAUAUGACCCAUGACAUCAGUCUUAUUAAAUUAAACGCUCCAGUGACAUUCAACAAAGGAGUUCAACCUGCAUGCUUACCCGAUCUCGGAUGGAAUGCUCAACCAGGGUGGCAUUGCUAUGCAACCGGAUGGGGAGAAAGUAGAGGUUCUGGAGGAGCAGAAGCCUUGAAGCAAAUGGAACAAAUUGUCCAGUCCAGACAGAAUUGCGGGUUUAACGAACAAACCCAGAUUUGUGUAGAGAAGCCUCAAAACUCUCCCUGCCAUGGUGACAGUGGUGGACCUCUGCAAUGCAAACUCGGCGGAAAAUGGUUUGUCUUCGGAGCAGCUAGUUUCGUCACUACAACCAACUUCAUGAGUGGACUUUGUACUGGACCAGGAGCCAAGACAGUGUAUGCUGCUUCAUCUGACAAAGCAGAAUGGAUCAGAACCAUGAUCAAAACUUAUUCAUGAAUAAAUCUCAGAUUUCUAUUAAGGUUGCGUCUGCUUAUGUGAUAUGAAUCAACAUUUGCAAAUUGUUGAUUAAUGAUUUGUUACUAUAGAAUAAUAAAAAUUUUCUGAAAUAAU